AUGACGUACUCUGAAGCUCUCGCCGUACAUGUCGCACAACCCCAACCCCGCAUCGACAACCUCGCUCAACCACUCGGAACUCCUGCCGAAGCAUCCUUCCCAACGGCGUUAAAUCUAGCUGCCGCCCCGCCCCUGCUUCCCUUGAGCCUAACAAGACUUGUGUCACCGCUGAUGACAGAACGGAGUAGAGGCGGUUCCAAGGUCUGGGCGAGUGCUGAUGAAGCCGUCGCCGACAUUGAGAGCGGCUCGGUGCUGCUCAGCUCUGGCUUUGGGCUUUGUGGUAUAGCAUCAACCUUGAUAGCAGCCCUCCGUCGCCGCGGUCCCGAGUCCUUACACUCCCUGACAGCGGUCUCCAACAAUGCCGGUGCCGAGGGUCGAGGUGGCCUAGCGCUGCUCACAGAAAACGGGCAGGUUGACCGGCUGAUCAUGUCCUACCUGGGCAAUAAUAAGAAGCUGGAGCGCGCUUACCUCACCGGCAAGAUCGCAGUCGAGUUGUGUCCGCAGGGCACAUUGGCUGAGAGGAUACGGGCUGCCGGGAGCGGGAUCCCGGCGUUCUUCACGCCUACUGGAGGGGAGACGUACAUUGAGCAAGGAGCCAUUCCAGUUCGGUAUGAUGAGAAUGGAAACGUGGUUGAGUACGGCAAGCCGCGCGAGACCAGGAUCUUCAAUGGCAGGAAGUACCUCUUAGAAACGGAACUGCCAGGGGAUGUGGCUAUAUUGAGGGCGUGGAAAGUCGACAAGGUCGGAAACUGUGUGUUCAGGUACGCUGCGAAGUCCUUUGCGCCUCUGAUGGCAAAGGCUGCAAAGCUGGCCAUAGUCGAGGCUGAGAACAUCGUCGAAGUGGGCGAGAUGGACCCAGACGAGGUCGAUCUGCCUGGAAUCUUUGUCGACAGGAUCGUCCCAGCUGUCGAGCCAACCCUUAUCGAGAUCCUGAAGACUAGGUCAACUGGCGAGGAUCAUAGCCAAGUGAAGGUUGAGAAGAGUGAGGCCCAAGAACGCAGAAACCGCAUUGCUCGACGGGCAGCGAAGGAGUUGAAGGAUGGGUACUAUGUUAAUCUCGGCGUUGGCAUUCCCACUUUAGCUCCUUCAUUCCUCCCUCCUGGCCAAAAAGUCUGGAUUCAGUCUGAAAACGGCAUCCUUGGGAUGGGUGACUACCCCCUCCCUGAGGAGGUCGAUCCAGACAUCAUAAACGCCGGUAAGGAGACCACUACACUCAUCCCUGGCGCAUCAACGUUCGAUUCAGCCGAGUCCUUCAGCAUGAUUCGCGGCGGACACGUAAACGUCUCGAUCCUAGGUGCGCUGCAAGUCAGUGCGGCAGGCGACCUCGCCAAUUACAUGAUCCCCGGGAAAGUGUUCAAGGGCAUGGGAGGAGCAAUGGACCUGGUGUCGAAUCCGGACUCGACGAAGAUUGUGGUAGCAACGGAGCAUGUGGCGAAGGAUGGUUCGAGUAAGAUCGUGCAGAGCUGUACGCUGCCUUUGACGGGGGCGAAGGUUGUGAGCACGAUUAUUACGGACUUGUGCGUCUUCGAAGUCGAUAGGAAAAAUGGUGGAUUGACCCUGACAGAAAUCGCUCCUGGAGUUACGGUGGAGAAAGUUAGGAGCAAGACGGAUGCCGAGUUUUCUGUGGCUGAGGAUCUGAAAUUGAUGGAAUAA